AUGUCAUCUCUCGAGGAAGGAGAGAGAAUCCAUCUAAAGUUAGCAUUACACAGAAAAUGUACAGAGAAAAACAUAUUUAUAAACAAACCAAACGGUCCCGCCACCCCCAGGUCCCAGCCCCCAAACAGUCUCGCCACCCCCAGGUCCCAGCCCCCAAACAGUCUCGCCACCCCCAGGUCCCAGCCCCCAAACGGUCCCGCCACCCCCAGGUCCCACGGUCCCGCCACCCCCAGGUCCAAGCCCCCAAACGGUCCCGCCACCCCCAGGUCCCAGCCCCCAAACGGUCCCGCCACCCCCAGGUCCCAGCCCCCAAACGGUCUCGCCACCCCCAGGUCCCAGCCCCCAAACAGUCGCAGCCCCCAGGUCCCAGCCCCCAAACGGUCCCGCCACCCCCAGGUCCCAGCCCCCAAACGGUCCCGCCACACCCAGGUCCCAGCCCCAAACGGUCCCGCCACCCCCACGUCCCAGCCCCCAAACGGUCCCGCCAUCCCCAGGUCCCAGCCCCCAAACAGUCCCGCCACCCCCACGUCCCAGCCCCCAAACAUUCCCGCCAACCCCAGGUCCCAGCCCCCAAACAGUCCCGCCACCCCCACGUCCCAGCCCCCAAACAUUCCCGCCAACCCCAGGUCCCAGCCCCCAAACAGUCCCGCCACCCCCACGUCCCAGCCCCCAAACAUUCCCGCCACCCCCACGUCCCAGCCCCCAAACAUUCCCGCCAACCCCAGGUCCCAGCCCCCAAACAGUCCCGCCACCCCCACGUCCCAGCCCCCAAACAGUCCCGCCACCCCCACGUCCCAGCCCCCAAACGGUCUCGCCAACCCCAGGUCCCAGCCCCCAAACAGUCCCGCCACCCCCACGUCCCAGCCCCCAAACAGUCCCGCCACCCCCACGUCCCAGCCCCCAAACGGUCUCGCCACCCCCACGUCCCAGCCCCCAAACAUUCCCGCCACCCCCACGUCCCAGCCCCCAAACAUUCCCGCCACCCCCGGGUGCUAUUUUAAGCAUUUUAUGCGAUAG